AUGGAGGUUGCUGCCAAUCAUAAUCUCCCUUGGAUUAUGAUGGGUGAUUUCAGUGAAGUUUUGAUGGGCUCUGAAAAAUUUGGGGGGAGACAUGUGAACAUUAGGAGAGCCUUGAAGUUUCAGGAUUGCCUAGAUGCUUGUGGCAUGAUUGACAUGGGGUUUAGCGGCGCGAAAUAUACCUGGUCAAACUUGAGAUGCAUCACAGACCUUAUACAGGAAAGACAUGAUAGAAGCUUCUGCAAUGCAGCUUGGCGACUACUGUAUCCAAAAGCCAAUGUUAAACACUUAGUGAGAGUCAACUUUGACCACUGCCCAAUCUUAAUUGAGCUGGACAAAAGCAUUGCCUUAAAUCUCCCUCGGCCUUUCCGGUUUCAACCUAUUUGGCUUUCCCACCCGAAUUUUCCAGAUGUGAUUAAAGGGGCUUGGAGUAAUACAGAAAGUCUUAAGGAUGCAAUCACCUCCUUUACUACCUCAGCCAAGGUGUGGAACAAGGAGGUAUUUGGAAAUAUUUUUUCUUGA